AGGUCCAUUGGCGCAGGUGCAUGUGGAAUGAACCUGCUUCCACGACGGCUUCUUGAAUGUCCGCCCAACGCGUGGUGCAUGAUUACACUUGCCUCAGUGUAGCGACGUUUACUAAAUUCGCAGCAAUACCUCGCCGCCGAUCAACGUCGGAGCAGUUUUCUACGGCACGUUGCACCGCUAGACGGACAUCGGUGUCGUGGCCGCGAUGAGCCGUCCGUCGCGCGCGGCACCUGCGCCUCCUCCGUUCGCGACGAAACCAACAACUUCAUCUUGGCCACCGUGAAGGCUCAAUUAAGUGCGACUGAUUAAGUCCGCGGCAUGUUGGCAUCCCGACAACUCGAUGGUGGGCGAGGCGCGCGUGGACGGUCGUGCAACGAGCACUGACGCCAACGGCGCGGCGGAGAGUGACCUUACAGACUUGUCGAGUCGGUCGCUCGUCUCGUGUGCGAUCGAAGUGCUCAACACGAGCUGUGCCUUCGCGAAAGCCACCAAGACGCAUGCGUUCGCGAAUGCGUGGAAGUCGGGCGAGUUGAAUGUCAUCAUGAGCGUCGACGACGAUCUGAGCGACAUCCCAGAUGCACCAUCACGUCCAGAUUACGUGCGCAUUGUCGGGAAGAAGGAGAAGGUGAAACAAGGCAACCGCAAAGCGUUCGCACAUAGUGUCGCCCACGCCGAAAGCUACGCGAUCGACUUGAUGUGGGACAUGAUCUGUCGGUUCGGCCCGUUGAAUGGCAUGCCCCGGUCCUUCUACGACGAUUUUGUUCGGAUUGCCCAUGAGGAAUCCCAGCACUUUACAAGCUGGGCGACUCGACUCGUCGAGCUGGACUCGUACUACGGCGCGCUCCCUGGCCACGACGGCCUUUGGGGCAGCGCGGCAGAUACGGCCGGAGACAUCCUCGCCCGCCUCGCGCUCGUGCACCUCGUCCAUGAGGCCCGCGGUCUCGACACGUACCCGAUGGCCGUAGCGCGCUUCACGAAAUGUGGUGACGACAAGACGUUAACUGUCAUGGCCAAAAACCACGCCGAAGAAGUUACGCAUGGUACGUACUCACGCAUCCAUUCGCUUCGUGCGGCCCCUUGCACUCGUUGGUCCGUACAAGAAUACGUCAUGCAGUUUGGAUCGUCCUAGUGGAAGCUGGCGUGCGAUGGUUCACCUACGUGUGUGCCCAAAAAGACGAGCCCGUGCUUCCGACCUUUCACCGCCUCGUGCGAUCACACUACAGCGGCAACCUACUUCCGCCGUUCAACACGGCAGCUCGUGACCGUGCCGGGAUGUCCGACGCAUGGUAUCUGCCCCUCGCAGAACCUCCUACUUCGACAGACAGUGUGCUGCCGUAGCAAGCUCCGUCGAUUGCCUGGCACCACACCGCCACCGUCGACUCUAGACAUGCUUUCACGUUGGACGACAACACGAUUGAGAUCACAGUCAUCGACUGCCAACUCGGAAUAUAUGAAUGUUACGCGUGCGAUUCAAGUCACCGCGUCCACA